CAUAAACCACACCUCUCGCACAGGUGAGCCUUCAGGUCAUUUGCACGGUGCCAUGUUGUUUUGGACGCACCAUGAAACUGCAAGUGAAAUGAGCUGUCAUUUUCUGGCAGGACAGGGUAUGUAGCAUAACUGAAGUGAUUUAAAAUGGCGAAAAAUUCUCUCUUGGAGACUCCAAUAGCAUUCAUGAAAGAAUCAAUGCACAUCACAAGAAGUCAAUUAGAUUCACUACUGAAAUCCUAUAAUUGCUAUUUCAAGGACCAAAAGAACCUACAUAUAACCUACCACCAAGAGGUCAAAGGACAAAUUGUUUUAUCUGGACUUAUUGAGAUAUUUUGGGGAGUACAGCGACCCAUACGAUUCAAAAUGCAAGAUGAGAAAAGUAUUUCCACAGAAUCAAUUCAACUUCCAGAGGUCAUUGGAUCAAGUAUAACAAAAAGUGGAAUGAUGCGUUGGGGUGAAUUUGAUGACCUUUAUCACAUAGAAGAAGCUGGAAAGACAUCCGAUGAUGAACCAGACUCAAAAAAUGACUAUGACUACAACAGUAUAACCCUGAAGCCUAACCUUAAUGACCAUGCCCCUGAUUCACCAUCUUUAUACCGGACCAUGAGUGAUGCUGCACUAGUUAGGAAAAGGAUUCAUCCAGACACUCCAGACAGAAGCCAUCUGCAGAAGCAUCGUUUUUCCAUCAAUGGACACUACUACAAUUAUAAAACGUCAAUCUUCACUCCAGCUUUUGGCUCAGAAACAAAGGUUAUGAUUAAGAGCACUAUGAAAACAAAAGAAGUCAUUGAACAAUUACUACACAAGUUCAUGAUUGAGAAUAGCCCAAAUGAAUUUGCACUAUACAUUAUUCAUGCAUCAGGAGAAAAGAAAAAGUUGAAGAAGAAGGAUUGCCCCUUGUGGGAACGGCUCCUACAAGGUCCUUCAGGAAGCAUAGCGAGGAUGUUCCUCAUGGACAGAGAAGCAGAAGAGAUUAGCAGUGAUGUAGCACAAUACAUUAAAUUUAAUCUUCCACUUUUAGAAAAAAUACUGCAGAGGUUAAAUGAGGAGGAAGAACGGGAAAUUCAGAGAACUAUCGCUAAGUACGUCCAUGAAAAGUCCAUAGUGCUUCAAUACCUUAAUACGAAAACAGUUAAAAAAACGGAGACUACAGUUUAACUGUCUAGAUACAUUUUAUGCAGAGAAGGCAAAUA